AUGUCUGGACCUCCGUCUCGCCUCCGCAGUAUUAUUGGGCACCUCCUUCCCUCCCAGGCCUCGACCUCAUCCUCCAAGACCGGGGAGACAUGGCAACACAGUCAUCACAUACACACCCUCUCGCCGACCUUCUUCCUCCCGCGAGCUGCAUCUAUCGAGCCCCACGCCGAGGCGAUGGUCCACAUCACCGCCAACGGCUCGGUCCUCCGCCGGACCUACCAGGAGUUCGCGGACCGCGCCAGGGGGCUCGCGUACUACCUCAAGACCCACGGCUACAAGCGGGUCGGCGUGCUGGCGCCAAACACCCCUGCCUUCCUGGAGUGUAUCUACGGGAUUGUCGCCGGAGGGGCUGUCAUCGUGCCUGUGAACUACCGGCUCAAGGAGGACGACAUAAGCUACAUCUUUGAGUUCUCUGAGGUUGAUAUCAUCAUCACCGACUGGGAAUUUGAGGGCCUGCUGGCAUCUUUCAGGAAGACAAAGCCAGGCGUGAAGAUCAUCGUCGACACGGACACCGAUGCUACUGAAGGGGAGCUCUGUGGCCCCUUUGAUGAGAUUGUGUCAGAGGGUCUGACGUAUGACCGGCAAAACGGCAGUAAAGGCUGGGAUGGCCUUUACAUCUCUGCCGAGGACGAGGAUGAAAUGCUAGCCAUCCCGUUCACGUCGGGGACUACAUCGCGGCCAAAGGGCGUCGUAUAUUCUCACCGUGGUUCCUACCUGGCAGCCAUGGGAAACGUGAUAGAGUCGGGCUUGAACAGCCAAGGUGGACGGUGUAAAUAUCUCUGGACGCUGCCCUUAUUCCAUGCGAUCGGCUGGACCUUCCCCUGGUCGGUGGUAGCUGUGCGCGGUACCAACAUCUGCCUCCGCAAGAUCGACUACCCGCUGGUGUGGCGGCUUCUCAAGUCCGAGGGCGUGACGCACUUCAACGCCGCGCCUACGGUCAACACGCUGCUGUGCGCGGACCCCAACGCCGCGCCCCUCGACCGCCCCUGUCAGGUCACCGUAGCUGCAUCGCCGCCCUCGGGUCACCUGUUUGAGCAGAUGACGAACCUGAACCUUCACCCGGUGCACGUGUACGGGAUGACGGAGACGUACGGGCCGAUAACUAAGGGGUACAUCAUGCCCGAGUGGGACGCCCUGGACCCCAAGGAGAAGUACCAGCUCAUGGCGCGGCAAGGCCACGGGUUCGUCGCCAGCCUGCCUGUGAGGGUGGUCAAGACGGACCAGCCGGAAGGGGUGCUGGUCGACGUCGCCAGGGACGGAAAGGAAAUUGGAGAGAUCGUGUUCUUCGGCAAUAUCUGCUCGAGGGGCUACUUCAAGGACCCCGAGGCAACCAAGAAGUUGUUCACGGGCGGCGGGCUGCACUCAGGCGACCUGGCCGUGCAACACCCGGACGGUGCAAUCCAGAUCCUGGAUCGGGCCAAGGAUAUCAUCAUCUCGGGUGGCGAGAACAUCUCGUCGGUUGCGCUCGAGAGCAUGCUUGUCAAGCACCCCGACGUCCUCGAGGCUGGCGUGGUGGCAGUCGCGGACUCGCACUGGGGCGAGAGGCCUAAGGCUUAUGUGACGGUGAGGUCGGGCAAGAACGUGGAAGGCAAGGACGUGGUCGACUGGGCGAAGCACCAGAGCCAGAUCUCCAAGUUCAUGGUCCCCAGGGAGGUGGAGAUUGUGUCGGAGCUGCCCAAGACGUCGACGGGCAAGAUCAAGAAGAAUGACCUUCGGGAGUGGGCGAAGCACGGCCAGCACAAGUAG